AGAGAGAGAAACUAAAAAUAACUUUCGCCCUACAUUCGGCGUAGAAAUAUUUGGUGAUCUGUGUCCAUCAGUGUCACUGAAUAAUUCCACGAACUAAAUAUUGUCUUCUAUGAAAUCGUACAAGACACCACUCAAGGCGCCAAUCCUCCGCUAAGCUGCUACACGUGUACCGAUUACAUGCCAGGUGAUCGAAGUCACCCGCUUGCCUCUUAAAAAGAAUAAAGUGGGCAACAUAACAAUUAGAUAACGACCACAUCGGCCAGCCAUCAAAGCUAGCCUACUGUAGAUACGGUGAACAUCAGAGUUAACUGGGGCUAAUGCCGUCAAAACUAUACCAUUGUGUAUUAGAUAGAAGUAUGGGAGAAAUAAUAGAAACAAUAGCAUUAACAGAUAAGUUGCAAACUUUAAUUAUAGCUGCUAAAGAAGGAUAUUAUAACGUUGUGAUAUAUCUGUUAGAAUAUGGUGUGGAUAAACAUUAUGUUGAUAGCCGCCAGAACAAUCUGAUAAACAUACUUUUAGAUACUUAUGACACUACAUGUGGACAUGAUUUGUUAUUACAAUGUGUAGUUAAAUUAGUUGAAUCUGGGGUCGACGCCAACAAGUUGAAUGAAUAUGAAGAGACACCUAUAUAUGUAGCUACUAUUAAAGGGUUGUAUGACGUUGUGAUAUAUCUGUUAGAACAGGGUGUUGAUGUACAUAAUAUUGAUAGAGUUGAAAACAAUCUGAUACACACAUUUUUAUAUAGGUAUGACAUUACACUUAGCCAUUAUUUAUUAUUAGACUGUGUAGUUAAAUUACUUGAAUCUGGUGUGGACGUUAACCAGGUGAAUACAUAUAAAGAGACGCCUAUAUAUAUAGCUGCUACUAAAGGGUUGUUUGACGUUGUGAUAUGUCUAUUAGAACGAGGUGCUGGUGUACAUUAUGUGGAUAGCCACCAAAAUAACCUGAUACACACACUUCUAGAUAUUUAUGACAAUACAUGUAGACAUGAUUUGUUAUUAAAAUGUAUAGUUACAUUAGUUGAAACUGGGGUCGACGCCAAUCAGUUGAAUGAAUAUGAAGAGGCACCUAUAUCUAUAGCUGCUAGUAAAGGGUUGUAUGACGUUGUGAUAUAUCUGUUAGAACGGGGUUGUUAUGUACUUUAUUUGGAUAGCCAUAAAAAUAACCUGAUACACACACUUUUAUAUAGGCAUGAAAUAUAUGACAAUACGGAAAGAAGUGAUUUGUUAUUGCAAUGUGUAGUUACAUUAGUUGAAACUGGUGUAGACGUCAACCAGGUAAAUGAGGACACCGAGACGCCAAUAUUAAUAGCUGCUAGAAAAGGGUUGUAUGACGUUGUGAUAUAUCUGUUGGAAAGCGGCGUUGAUGUGCAUUGUGUGGUUAGCCACGAGAAUAACCUGAUACACACACUUUUAGAUAUUUAUGACAAUACACGUAGACAUGAUUUGUUAUUACAAUGUGUAGUUACAUUAGUUGAAACUGGUGUAGACGUCAACCAGGUAAAUGAGAAUAAAGAGACGCCGAUAUUGACAGCUGCUAGAAAAGGGUUGUAUGAACUUGUGAUACAUCUAUUAGGAAACGGCGCUGAUGCACAUUAUGUGGUUAGCCACCAGCAUAACCUGAUACACACACUUUUAGAAACGUAUGACAAUACACGGGGACACGAUUUGUUAUUACAGUGUGUAGUUAAAUUAGUUGAAUCUGGGGUCGACGCCAACCAGUUGAAUGAAUAUAAAGAGGCACCUAUAUCUAUAGCUGCUAGUAAAGGGUUGUAUAACGUUGUGAUAUAUCUGUUAGAACAGGGUGUUGAUGUACAUAAUGUUGAUAGAUUUGAAAACAACCUGAUACACACAUUUUUAUAUAGGCCUGACAUUACAUGUAGCCACGAUUUGUCAUUAGAUUAUGUAGUUAAAUUAGUUGAAUCUGGGGUGGACGCCAACCAGGUGAAUGAAUAUAAAGAAGCACCUAUAUCUAUAGCUGCUAGUGAAGGGCUGUGUGAUGUUGUGCUAUAUCUGUUAGAACAGGGUGUUGGUGUACAUUAUGUGGAUAGGCACAAAAAUAACCUGAUACACAAACUUUUAUAUAGUCAUGACAUAUUUGACAAUACGGGUAGAAGUGAUUUGUUAUUAAAGUGUGUAGUUAAAUUAGUUGAAACUGGUGUAGACGUCAACCAGGUGAAUGAGGAUAAUGAGACGCCAAUAUUAAUAGCUGCUUGGAAAGGGUUGUAUGACGUUGUGAUACAUCUGUUGGAAAACGGCGUUGAUGUACAUUAUGUGGUUAGCCACGAGAUUUACCUGAUACACACACUUUUAGAUAUUUAUGACAAUACAUGUAGACAUGAUUUGUUAUUACCUUGUGUAGUUAACUUAGUUGAAACUGGUGUAGACGUCAACCAGGUGAAUGAGAAUAAAGAGACACCGAUAUUGAUAGCUGCUAGAAAAGGGUUGUAUGAACUUGUGAUAUAUCUGUUAGGAAACGGUGUUGAUGUACAUUAUGUGGUUAGCCACCAGAAUAACCUGAUACACACACUAUUAGGGACUUAUACCAAAACAUGUAGAUAUGAUUUGUUAUUAGACUGUGUAGUUAAACUAGUUGAAUCUGGUGUAGACGCCAAUCAGAUGAAUAAAUAUAAAGAGUCGCCUAUAUUUAAAGCUGCUAGUGAAGGGUUGUUUGACGUUGUGAUAUAUCUGUUACAACAUGGUGUUGAUGUACAGUAUGUGGAUACUCACCAGAAUAACCUGAUGCAUACACUUUUAUAUAGGCAUGACAUACAUUACAUUAAAGGUGGACGUGAUUUGUUAUUACAAUGUGUAGAUAAUAUGGUUCAUGCUGGUGUAGAUGUCAACCAUGUGAAUAGGAAUAAAGAGACGCCGAUAUUGAUAGCUGCUAGAAAAGGGUUGAAUGACGUUGCGUUAUGUCUGUUAGAACGGGGUGUUGAUGUUCAUUAUGUUGAUGGUUUUAAAUGCAACAUUCUUCACUAUGCUGUAGGUUCAAUGUAUUCCAAUAUGAACGACACAGAGCAAUGUGUACAGCUCGUUAGUACUUUAAUAAAGACAGGAUUAGAUAUAAACCAACCUAACUAUAAAGGUAAUACUCCAUUGUUCUAUGUCGGUAUAAAUAAACAUUGCUCUCAAAAAACACUCCCUUACUAUCUAGGUAAACUAUACGGAAAAAAAAUGAAAUGGAAGAUAGGACAUGAUAUCCAUGUUCAAUUACAAUGUAAACUGAUUGACGUUUUAUUAGAAGCUGGUUGUAUUGCGAACCAUCAAAACACUGAAGGACUAUCAGCUUUAAUGCACCAUAUAAAACACCAAGCUGAUAUAAGCAUAUUAAAACUGUUAAUUCCAUCUUCUGAUUUAAGUUUGACUGAUAAUAAUGGUGAUACAGCAUUAGGUUAUUGUGUCCAAUAUCAUAUGAUCAAUUCUACAGCCGUCUUUACACUUUUAGUAGAUUCAGGAUCAGACAUGAUGUCACGUAACGCCAGGGUUAAGUUAGUUCAUAAGAUUUUAAGUUGUAAGAGGUUAGGGGUGUUCAAUUAUUACAUUGGGCUAAAGUUGAUUGCUAAUGGUGUUACAGUUGAAGGAGAAAAUAUGCUCCAUCUUUUAGCUAGUGUUAACUAUGAUUAUUCGUUAAGGACGUUUAAAUGGUUGUUAAAAAACGAGCUAGACAUCAACCACCCCUGUUCUAAAACCAACACACCCACUAUGAUAGCUGCCCUUUUAUUAAACAGCGAAUAUUUAAAACUGUUCACACGUCAUCAGAGACUCGAGAUCAAUGCACAAAAUAACCAGGGUCAUACAGCCCUUCAUCUAUGUAUCAUUGGAUUUACGAUGGUUAAAGAUGGCUUAAGCAACAGACAGAUACAAGAUGUUGUUAAUAACUAUUGUAGUCAGAUAUAUCCAAAAUACAUGCUUUGUAUUGAUAGUUUACUUGCGGUUGAUGGAAUAGAUGUAAACAUUCAAGAUACUAAAGGGAGAACUAGUUUAAUGAUGGCUGCUAUGAAAAAUGACAGAGUUCUUACAAGGAAACUACUUCAGGCUGGUGCCAUGGUUAACGUGUUAGACUAUGCAGGAAGGUCUGCCCUACAAUACCUCAAUAUUUACAAAAGUGUAGUUGAUUUGACUUGUUUUAAAUUACUUGUAUCCAAUGGUAGUACUGGUCUUCUCAAUUUACCCUGUAUUGAUGGUAACACAAUUAUCCAAACAGUGUUAAGUUUUCCCUUCUUCUGGGAACCCUAUCGUGUCGCUCGUUUUAUUAGAUACUUAGUUGCUGAAAACUGUUGCUUACAGACUCUCGUUACGUCAUCAGUUGAAAGUAGUUAUAACCAAAUUGAUCUGACUGAACUCAGUAUCCGAGAGAGAGGUAAACUGAGAGAACUGUUAUAUCUUAGUGGUGCCCGAGAAGAGGAAGUGAUGACCACUUUAAAUUUUGAUGAGGAAGAUAAGGGAUGUGACGUAAAAGAUACUAUUCGCUCCCCAGGCAGAGAAGACUUCAUUAGGUUCUGUAGUAAAAUAGAGGUCUCGUCCCUGUGUAGGAGAAUCGUCCGACAAAAUCUUGGAUUGGGAAUAAAGGAGAAGGUCAAGAAUCUAGAAUUGCCUUCUAAAUUUCAUGGUUUUCUUCAAUUAAAAGAUAUUCUUGAUCCUGAAGAUUACAACAUAGAUAAUAUUGAUGAUGGCUGUAAUGAUUUUGAUGAUGAUGAUGACUAUGAUGGUUAUGAUAUAGAUAGCGAUAGAGACGAUGAUUAUAGCCAAUAUAAAUACCAGUAUGUUACUCUCAAUACGGAUGAUGAGCUUAGACAAGAUUUCUUGAAAACCGUGAUGUUUCCUAAUGGUGACAGUGGUUUGAAUAUUUACGUAGACCACCAUGCCUAGUUGUAAUCAGUCCGCCGUUAAAGCGUUUUCAAUAUAUUCCUUGUCAAUAGUCGGAUGACGUCACAUAAGUAGCCAUUUGUGAGUCAGUGGGUGAAUAGAUCAAAUUUACCGUUUUUGCACGAGAAAGAUUUUACGGUAACAUGGACAGGUGGAGAUAUUAUACAUUAUAGCUCAUGGAAUAUAAAUAGGCAGGAUUCGUGAUUGUCGUCUGUUACCCUUCAUCAUUCAAAAUGUUCGUUGUUCUUCCGGUUUAGAAUUAUUGUUAAACAGACAUCCGUUAAUGAAUAAAUCAAGAUAGCCAGGCGAUUACAUAAUGUUCCCACCAACACUGUACCUUAUCUGAGGUAACACUGUAAUUUCAGUGGAGUUACUCUAACUCCUGGACAGAUUCUAAAGAUUAGCCUUAAUCUGCCAUGCGACCAACUGCAGCAGGAAUUGGAGACUUGUAUAAUUACCUAGGUACUAGUGUAUGUUUAAAUUUAUUAAGAAGCUUCACAGUAAUUGAUUUCAUAUUUUUCAAACAUAUUUGUCCAUUUUCAUAUCUUAUAAUUCAAGCCAUAACUGAAACAAAAUUAUAAUGCUUUUAUACACCCACGUCAAAAUGGGGUCGUAUAUUGUUUUCGCUCCCUUUCCGCCCGUCCAUUCGUCUGUCCGUUAUCCACAAUUUAUGUAUGUUGUUUACAUCGGUGAAACUAAGACGCCACUUUAAUUUAAACAAUGUCCGCUAAUUUCUUUCUGGAUUUAUGACUCUUGUUUCGGUUCGUAGAAACCUGUAAACCCUCAAGCGAAAACAGCUAUCAUCCGAUCAUUAUGAAAUUUAUUUAUAUUAGUAAGACGAAAAAGCUUAUCUAAUUUCAGCAAUGUCCAUUUAUUACUUCUAGAUUUGUGGCCCUUGUUUUGUAUUAUUUCCAUUCACUUAGUAGAACACUGUGAUUGCUCGAAUAACAAAAAUGUUAGUAUCCGAUAUGUAUGAAAUUAAAAUACAUUAUUUGAAUUAGUAAAACCAGGAAGUCUAUCGAAUUUCAACAAUUUCCAUUUAUAACUUUUGGAGUUAUGGCCCUUGUUUCACUUUGUAGUACCUUGUGAACACUCAAAUGAUAACUAAAGUUGUCAUCCAAUUUGUAUUAGACGGAUAUCAGUAGGGUUGGGGGAAUAAAUACUUUUUUUUCGGAAAACAAUCAAAAAUUGCGGCCAAAAUCGGCAAAAAUGAUGUAGUUUUGCCAUAACUGUUCCGUGUUAGCUUUUAUGUGCCUUAUAAUAUGUCCUUUAUAUGGUGUUCGGUGUCGCUGGUUUCAAUUCAGGCAUUAUAAUCAUGUUUCAAAAAUCCAAAAUGGUGGAAUCCAAGAAGGCGGCCAAAAUAGAGUCUUUUUGACAUAACGGUUCGGUGUUAGUUAUUUUAUGACUUAUAAUAUAUCCUUAAAGAUACUUUCCCAGAAAAGUAUUUAUCGGAAAAGUAUGGAAAUUUUGGUAUAUAUGGAAAGUAGAAAUAUCCAAUCUUGCUAGAAAAAUACUGGAUUCCCUGAAAAACACUCAUGUAGCGCAUAGAGGACAAAAUUGUCACAGGCUGCAAGCGGGGAUUGAGCGCUUGAUGCAUAUGUUGAUAAACCUUGUGAAGAGUUAGACGUACAACACUUUCUGAGAUAAAAAUCAUAGAAAACACACAUGGACAGUGGAUAAUCAGAGAAUUUAAUUAGGUUUCGAUAUUUAUUAUGAAUGGAUAGCGAUUAAAGACAACAUCGUCUUGUGUAUGCAAUGAAUUCUCCUCACGUGAUACAAACAUGACCUCUUUUAAUAGAUUUUUUUAUAGCAGGGGUAUUCAAGAUAACGUAUUUUUGCUGUAAAAGUUCGGGCUCGCCGGUUUCAGUUCCGGAAAUCUAAAAUGGCGGCCAAAAUACUCAGAAAUAGCGUAUUUGUGUUAUGGCAGUUUGAUGUGCCUUAUAAUAUGUCCUUUAUAGUGGUUUCAGGGUCGCCUGUUUCAACUCCGGUGAUGUAAAUGUGUUUUGAGAAUCCAGUUCGGCGGAAAAUUAAGAUGGCAGGUAUUUUGAGAGAAACCAGGAUCACGGAUGGUCUUGAUGUAUAUCCUAAAUUAUAUAAUAUUACAAUUAUUCAUAUAUCGAAUCCGGAUAAUACACAUAAUAAUAACAAAAUUUACUGUUAUUCUCUAACUAGUCCUCAUGGUAGUCCAUUGUUUGUGUUAUACAAUUGUGUAUAGGAUAGUAAUAUAUUAUGAUAUUCUAUCAAUAUAUAGUCUCCUUAAGAUCCCGGUUAGCAUAUUAUCCUUCCUGUUGGUGCCAUUUUUGGGUGUGGCGCCAGGCAGGGUAAGCUUACUCUUCCGGACACCUGUUUGUCGUGUAUUUUGUACACGAGGAGCAGUCCAUUUGCUGAUUACACUAUUUUGCUUUAAUACACUAUUUUGCCUAUAACGUUUUUUAGGACUUCGAAUUCUGUCUUAUGGUUUGGAUUGUUCGUACUUGGUUUUAUUUUAUUUUAAUAGUGAAUCAAUGUCCUACCCAAAAUCAAUUCCUACCCAAAAUCAGUUUCAGGCUUGAUCACAAAUUUUAUAGACCGCUUCAAUUCUGACUUCGUGAAGUGUAUUGUAAACACUCCCAGAAUAAAUAUGGGACAAGCAGUGUCGACUUCUCGGACGAUUUAGCUGUUUUGGACGUAUGUUUCGUUGUCUGGCAACCUAUAAUUUGUUACGUAAUAUGCUGUCGCACUUUAUGGUCAGCAAUUUCGUCCAACGAAUUAGUUCUAAUCUAUUAUGCAUAAUCUAUUUAUGCAAAACUGUUUUUGUAUAUAAAAUAUAGUACUCGUACAUAGUAACAUCUACCCUGUAAUGGUCAUACUAUAUACCUAAUAUACGUUUGUAAAUAUAUAUUAUUUUUGUACGGUAAAUAAUUUCAAUUAAAAUCAAUCUAUCCAUAAUAAUAUAGCUAAUGUAUUUGACAUUAAAGUUGUAAUAAACAAAACACCUGGUUUAACAGAUGUAUUUCCAUUUGUGUGUGUCACAUUAAUCUCUUAUUUAAAGGCUUGAUGCGUCAUUUAGAGCUAUAGGAAUUUCUUUUCAAACUACAAUAUUAGCAAAGUUUAAUCGCUGACAGAAAUAUCAGUCCAAAAUGAUUCAGUCCCGUUCAGUAUUUACAAUGUUAUGAUAAAUUGUAAUUUCAUCGAUCAAGGCGCCAACAUCUGUUAUUGGUAGCGAAGAAACAUGAUGGGUCUGCGAUUGAAUCCAAGCCGGGAGGUUAUCUAGCGUUAGUAUUUUGAUUUUGUUUUCUUAAUAUACAUUUAAUGUUAAAUAAUGAAUCUGUGUACAUGUUAGCUUGUAUUAAGCCGUGGCAAAUUUGGUAUUUUAAUCAAAAUGUAAAUGACACAUCAAGCCUUUGAUAUACUAGUGUACUAAUAGAAACUGCAUGAUUCAACCAUGGAAUAAUUUAUCUUCUUUUAGAGUCUCUGAAUGUUGAAACUCUAUCCAAAUUAUGAUUUUAUUUUCAUUAGUAUUUACAAAGUUAUGAUGAAUUAAAAAAUUGUCAAUAUUCAGCACCUUCUGCAGAGGAUAUAAAUGGGAUGCGGUCAAAACGAACCAGCCUUUGUUGAAAUAUUUUGAUGGGCCUCUUUUUAAUCCAUUUGUAUUCCAAUCCACCAGAACAUCUAUAUUGUUGAUAUUUUAAUUUUGUUUUACUUAAAGGAGCUAAGUCUCUAACUUAAUAUUUUCCAUAAUAUUCGAAAUUAAAAACACGAAUUAGAAUUCAAUAUUGAUCAAUUUCAAUCAAUAUUGAUCAAUUUCAAUCAAUAUUGAUGUUGUUAUCUUGCCGUGGAACUGUAGGAUCCUAAUAUCCAACAUCUAAGACACAAUUAAAAGUUUAUAAACACUGCACGAGUCGUGUAUCCUGUGGUUUCGGGUGCCAUUUUGUAAUGAACAAAUAAAAACAUAUCCCACAACACAAUGUGGAAGUAAUUAGUAAUGGUUGAUUCACAAAGCAUGGGUAAAAAAAACUGCCGUUCAAUUUGAACUGUUCGCGUAUUUCACCAUACAUAAUUAAUUAGAAAUUACAAUAUUGUUUUCAACAAUUGAAUAUAAAUCACUUUACAUACAUUUAUAUUACAUUAAUAUGUGAUAUUAGAACCAUUUUUGUCUAUUUUAAGGUUCUAAAAAUAGAGUCAUAGGCCCUUUAAUUAAAGAGGAAAAUAAUCAGUCUGGGUACAUUUUAGCAUGAAAACCUAGAUAUUGUCAGAACAUAUGCAAAUGAAGAUCAGUGUCUUUAAUAAUUGUAUACUUGUUACAUUUUAUAUUGUAUUGUUAAAUUGAAAAUAUUUGUGUAAUUUUCAUUGUGUUUGAUUUUAAAAUUGUCAUUGAUUAUUAAUAAAUACUACAUUUGUAAAUGUGA